AUGUCUGUACCGUACGACCGCGCCUACGAUCUGCUUAGCAACAGCAAGGAUGGCCAUAUCUCUGCCUCUCAGCGCAUUCCCGUCAUCGCGCGGCCUUUUGUCAGCGAGAGGGCGGCGAAGACACUCGACCUUGUAGAGAAGUUCGUUGAAGAAGAGUGCAUCCCCGCCGACGCCGUAUACGUUCGCCAGAUCGGCCAGACUGUCCAAGAGCGCUUCUCGUCACAUCCAUCCAUCAUCGAAGACCUGAAGAAGAGGGCACAAGAGCUUGGACUAUGGAACAUGUUCCUGCCCAAGGCACACUUCAAGGAGGGUGCUGGUUUCAGCAACCUGGAGUACGGCCUCAUGGCUGAGUACCUGGGCAAGAGCCGGACAGCUUCCGAGGCUGUCAACUGCGCUGCUCCCGACACUGGCAACAUGGAGGUCAUUGCCAAGUACGGUACCGAGGCACAGAAGAGGCAGUGGCUGGACCCGCUGCUGAGGGGCGAGAUUCGCUCUGCGUUCUUGAUGACGGAACCUCAGGUUGCGUCGAGUGAUGCUACCAACAUUGAGAUGACUAUCAAGAAGGAUGGCGACCAUUACGUCCUGAACGGCCAGAAAUGGUGGUCAUCCGGCAUUGGCGACCCUCGCUGCAAGAUCUUCAUCGUCCUCGGAAAGACCGACCCCAACAACUCCGACAAGUACAAGCAACAAUCCGUCAUCCUCGUCCCCAACACCACCCCCGGUGUAACAGUCCACCGCAUGCUCUCAGUCAUGGGUUUCGACGACGCACCCCACGGCCACGGCCACGUGACCUUUGAGAACGUCCGCGUCCCCGCCAGCAACAUGGUGCUCGGCGAAGGCCGCGGCUUCGAGAUCAUCCAAGGCCGUCUCGGACCCGGACGUAUUCACCACGCUAUGCGCAGCAUCGGCUCUGCCGAGAAGGCACUAGAGUGGUUCCUCGCCCGCAUCAACGACGAGCGCAAGAAGCCAUUCGGCGAGCUCCUCAACAAACACGGCAUCAUGCUCGAGCGCGUCGCACGCUCCCGUAUCGAAAUCGAUGCCGCCCGCCUCUCCGUCCUCAACGCCGCCAUCAAGAUCGACGAAACAAACGCCAAGGGCGCGCUCAAGGAAAUCGCCGAAGUCAAGGUGCUCGUCCCCGAGGUCAACCUCAAGGUCAUCGAUUGGGCUAUGCAAGCCUACGGUGGUGCGGGUGUGAGCCAAGAUACUCCGCUUGCGCAGAUGUGGUCGAGUGGCCGUACGAUGAGGAUUGUAGAUGGGCCGGAUGAGGUGCAUCUGUUGCAGCUGGGUAAGAAUGAGAAUAAGAGGGGUCUUGCGCAUAAGGCGAGGAUUGAGGCGCAGCAGAAGAAGGGUGAGGAGCUGUGUAGGCAGUAUGGCAUUGAGCCGAGGGAUCCUUUGUACCUUAACAGGACGAGUGGGGAGGCUAGUAAGCUGUAG